UUCAGUUUGAAAGCAGAUCCCUGUGCUUUGUGUAUCUCCAUGUCCGACUUUAGAAAGGACUUAAUCAUUACUAUAAAUAGAUCUAUUAUUUCCUUAGGUUUGAUUCACCUAAAUUAUAAAGACAGAGUUGAUUUAUUUAUUUGUUGGAUCCACGGUUUCAAGCUACCAUUUCUCCUCUCUGGGAUUAUUCCUUCGGAUACGCACCAGAAGGCGAAAGAAGAACUUACCCCAACCACAAACCACACCACUGAAGAGGUAUUUCUUUCAUAAGUCGAUUAGCAAAAUUCAAAAUGAAAGUGAUGCAAACCGUUGAGGCUUCGGCUCAUUUGCAUUCUGAAUCAAGUAACGAGGAACUUUUAUCUAUCAAAAAUGGUUUAGUCUUGGGAGGAAAUGUGAACAAGAAAACCGCAGGCUAUUUACCAAUAGAUUUAGUGAUUGAGAUCUUGUGCCGAGUACCCGUAAGGAGUUUGAUUGUGUUCAAGUGUGUAUCCAAAUCAUGGAACAAACUAAUUUCUCAGGUCUGUCUUCCGAGACUUUCUUCAAAUGUUUGUGUUCUUAGAUUUUACAGAGGAAGAACUCGUAGACUUUCUGAUCAAUUGUGUUUUUCUGGUACCUUGCCUGAGUUGAACUGUGCUGGUUACGUAUCUAAAGGUAAUGAUCAUCACAACAUGUAUCAUCAUGAAAUUGACUGUUGUAAUGGGUUGUCUCUAUGUGAGGGCGCCUAUGGUAGUCGUUAUGUUGUGGUGAACGUAGUAACAAAGCAACGAUUUUCUAUCCCUGAACCUCUGAAACUUCCUGGAUGGAAUUUUGUUGCCAUAGUCUUUGAUCCAAUCCAAUCCAGUGACUACAAAAUUGUUCGACCUAAUCCCUACUAUGAUAUUCCAAGCUUGGACAUAUUUUCAUCUGAAAUUGGUAAAUGGGUUAGGCACGUAGUACCUGGAGAUUGGGUUGAGCAUUUAUCUAUUCGCGAAUUUGGUAGUCCCAUGCUGGGGAUUAAAUGGGCUAAGGGGAACGUAUACUUGGAUGGGAUCUUGUAUUUAUUAACUCGGGGUAAGCAGCUUGUAAAGUUCGACCUCAAAUCACUAGCAGUGUCAGCUGAAGUCAUAAAAGUUCCAUGUGGAGCCAAUGGACAUGGGUUGAUUGGACAUUCCAGAGGUAUUUUGUACUAUGUUAAUUACGACAAAGAAUUUAGAUUAUCGAUGUGGCAGUUGGACUAUCAUAGCAUUAGUGCAAGUAUUUGGGUUUUGAGACAUAGCAUCUGUACAAAUGAUAUGCUGGAUAAAAAUCCAGGUAUCUUGCAUACCAUGAAGUUGAAGAAUCGCCGACGCGGUCGCCUAUUUGAGCCCUUCGGUAUCCACCCAUUUUCAGACAUUAUUUUUCUUGGUUUACAAGGAAGGAUAUAUAGCUAUCAUCUCGAAAGCCAUAAGUGUGAACAUUUCUGGUGGACAACAAGAUGUAUGGAUUGGCGCUAUGAUUUUGUUUACCCUGUCGCAUAUAAUUAUGUUAAUGUGAAGGACUUUCACAAGGCAGACUUGUUCCUAAACGAUACGGCAAGGGAUGUUAAAUCGGGACACGUAUCUGGUGAUUCUGAUGGCAAACAAGUAUCUGGUCAUGAUGCAAUAGAUCAGAGGUGAUUAUAAAAUUGACAGUAGCAGGAUUGUAUGAAGGUUCUAUGAAGGUUCGAGUUUUGGUAUGCAAAUGUGUUUCGAGGCAUCCUUUCUACUUCGGCAGUGUAUUCCCGUGUUGGUUGGUCCUAAUGGUGAUGGUGAUUGUUAUAUCUGGUCCAUGAGUUUAUGGUUAGAUCCUUGAAAAUCUAUUUAUCUGUUUAUUGUAAUGAUGUUGUUCAACUGAGUAGAUCAUUUGUUUGCAAUGUUUUUUUUCUUUUUCUUUUUUUGA